AUGUGGAAUGUUUUCAGCACUCAGUGGAUAGGUGCUAGAAAUGUCAUUGUUGUCAUCAUCAUUGAAGGAUAUUUUAAGGUCGUCUUCUUCAAUUGUUUUUUAUCCUUAUUACUGGUGGCUGCUGUGGUAUGGAAGAUCAAACAAACUUGUUGGGCUUCUCGACGAAGAGAGCAACUGCUUCGAGAACGACAGCAGAUGGCCAGCCGUCCCUUUGCUUCUGUUGAUGUAGCUCUGGAAGUAGGAGCUGAACAAACAGACUUUCUGCGAGGGCCAUUAGAGGGGGCACCCAAACCAAUAGCCAUGGAGCCAUGUGCUGGGAACAGAGCUGCUGUUCUGACUGUGUUUCUUUGUCUACCACGAGGAUCAUCGGGGGCCCCUCCUCCUGGGCAGUCAGGCCUUGCGAUUGCCAGUGCCCUAAUAGACAUUUCACAACAGAAACCUUCCGAUAGUAAAGACAAGACUUCUGGAGUCCGAAAUCGAAAGCACCUCUCCACACGUCAAGGAACUUGUGUCUGAGAAAUGGAAAACGCUCCUGUAUAUCCUGUAAUGUUUUACUCUUUAAAUGGCUUCCAUUAAAGCUGUUCUAUGACUCAGA